UUUUGGAAAAUAGGACGGCCACAAGAAAUGGGAGAAAAAACAAAGCAUUUCGGACGCUAGAAGGAACGCAUGAACGAUUAGCUUUAUCUUCAGUGAAUAGGGUCAAUGAAUCGAAGAAAGUGAACGAAAUGAAGCCUAGACUCUAGACACCAGAAAGUUUUCUUUAACAAGAACGUCUUUCACAACAUGUAGGCAACUUGGGUAAACAUAGCAACUGAACGUCAACAAAACGUUAACGAUGUGGAGGGUUAUGUUUCAUAUUUUGUUGUGGAAUUUAAUUGCCAUGCCAAGUCUCCAAGUUCAACCGUGCAAUAGAUCCAUUAGUUUUACAAAGAGGUUGGAGACGGACGACCUGUUAACCGUGAUCAAAACCCAUAAUUCGCCAAAUACAACUAGAAUGGUAGAUGCCGACAUUGACCAGUGCCUCCAGACUUGCUGUAGCAAGCAAGCUGGAUGUAAUUCAGUAAUAAUUUCUGGCCGUGGUUUAUGUCUGUUAACCACGUGUAGAGAUCUCAGUGGAUUGUGUGGACACCGCCCAAGUGGACUGGGCAGAACAGCUAUACAUGUGCUUCUAGUGAGGGAACAUGGUAAAGGUAACAGUGUUGGAGAGUUACUAGACAAGGUGCAGUUUCGUAAUGCAGCCAUUGUGACGUCAAAGAUGUCUUUCACUCAGGCGCAGCAAUGCGGUCAAUAUGUUGAGCCCGAGAAUGUGACCAGCGUACGCUCAGCUUGGGUAACCCCGCGAUUCUCGCCCUAUUCAUAUCUUUACCGGGCCCCACGAAGAGUUCCUCCGCUUGGUAUCCGCUCGGCCGUUCCACUGGGAGGUCUAGGGACUGGAUCAUUCGAAAUUCGUGCAGAUGGCUCCUUUAAUGAAUGGACACUCGAAAACCAAUCCCCAGGAGGUUCGGCGAAACUUGGUCGAGGAGCACUGGAUCUGGCCGUGUUGGGGGUCCGUGUUCAGAAGCAGAAUCUUACCAAAGUAACUCUUCUACGAACACAUCCCCCUUUGGGUGUGUACCCUGGGGUUGAAGGUCUACAGUAUUCGGGAGCGUACCCUUUUACAAAGCUUGAAGUCAAAGAUAAUCGUUUCUUUGGGGUUAAGUUGGAGCUUUUUGCGCACGGUAUAUUGCGCGCCAGGGACUCCGAAAACUCUACCAUUCCAGCGGUAGUCUUCACACUCCGCGUGCGCAAUCCCACCGCUGAUUCGGUCAAUGUGUCAUUGCUGUUAAAUCUACCACUUGGCGAACAACAAGACACCGAACGUAAGUUCAGCAACCUGACUAGUUGGUUUCACGAAAACGUGACGUCAUCGAAAGAGUGCGCUUGGCUAUGCCACCAGGCAACACGAUGCAUGGCAUGGUCACUUGUGGAAGAUCGCUGCGUUAUGAUGUCGAACAUGCCACCUCACGCGUACAAGAGAGGCGUUUCAUCCGGUGUCAAAGGCACCUGGCACAAAACUAAGGACAGUCUAACCUGCGAAAGGCCUGGAAUCUACCCCAACAGUGGCAGCACAACCAUCGGCGCUAUGCAUCACGGGAGUGGUUACGAGCUCACAGCACAACCCAUUAAGGGACAGCGGUCAUCAUUUGGCGUCAGUGAUGAUUUCACUUCGCUGUGGAGUUUGUUCAAAGACACUGGUCAACUUGAUGCAAGACACAGCUAUGGCAUACAUGGGAGUGGGGUGGUCACUAAGACGCUUGGUCCAAGGCAGAAUGGUACUCUUUCGCUGGUCAUGGCCUGGUACUACCCAUUUAGGGACCACUCUGGUGAACUCGUGGGGUCGUAUUACAGCAACAUCUUCACAUCAAGUGAAUCAGUGGCGGAAUACGUGACACGAAACUACAAACAAAUGUUGACAACGCUGAUAUCCUGGCGUUACAACAUGAUGCCAAAGCCGUUCCCCAACUCCAUGCCGAAUGUGACUUUCAGUCAUGACGUCAUGGCAGUGAGGUCGUCCUUAGACCCCUGGCUUCAAGACGUGAUGAUUAAUAGUCUGAGCUACUGGCGAAGUGGAUUCUGGGUAGCGGAUGGUCGUUGGCGCCAAUGGGAGGCGUUUGACUGCAAUGACGUAGACUCCGUUCAUAAUGACUUUCAAAGGGAACUGCCUUACAUACUUUUUUACCCCGAUCUGCUUGAGAAUGUUGUGCGGUCCUGGGCCGAGUACAGGCGGGAUGGCGGAAUUCCAGAGGCUCUUGGUCAUCAGUAUGGAUGCUGGAGGAAAACCAACCGAUUCGAUAAGGCAGGAGGGCGGUUGAACAUGGCAGACGUAAAUCCUGCCUUUCUUUCACAGGUGUAUCAUCUCUACAUGUGGACAGGGAACAAAAAACUGCUCGACGACUUAUGGCCAGCGAUCAAACACGUGACGCACGCAAUGGUCACCUGGACAACUAACGGUACCUCACUGCCUCUGCGCAUGACCAAUACCUACGACAUUCUACAGUUCCAGCGGUACGACGUGUCUAUGUAUAACAGCGUCAUGCACUUAUUGGGUCUGACAGUAGCAAGGGCGAUAGGACAAGUGCGGAAGGAAAGGAAGUUCGUCAAAGACCUUACUCUGAGGAUUCGCAAAGCAACGAGCGCAAUAGACAGGCUACUCUGGGAUGAAAAGCGGGGAUAUUAUCGCGCCUGGUGGGACCACGCCCAACCUUCAACCUCAGCACUCAUGGCAGACUCCUUAUAUGGCCAGGUUUGGGCGUACACGCUUGGUCUUGGGAAUUUACUAGAUGAAAACAAAAUGGCGUCACACCUAAGAAAAGAAGCGGAAUUAAACGACACACCAUUUGGACUCAAAGUGAUGUCCGGAUUAAGGAAACCAAAGGGAAAGACUCAUGUAAAGCGCUCUGCGCUUGUGCCGCAGUAUUAUGUACUCAGAGACGUUUAUACAACUGAAAGAGGGACUGCGUGGUAUAGAGGGAACUGGCUACAAACAGACUGGGUCCCGCAAUACGUUCAAGCUGUUAACAAGCGACCGAAUACUUACAGUGCUCUGUACGAUGAGCAAAGUGUCCCGCAAUAUAAGUCUGGAAUGUAUGAAUACCCUGAGGAGUGGUCGGGGAGAAUUCAGUUGAGCUCCAAGGCGAGGAAUGUGGGGCUUGAUCAAUAUCACCAGCCUUCGAGGGUUUAUGAUAACCAGGAGUACUACAGAAAACUUACAAGGACUCAAGGAGUAGCAUCUCCAAUAAUGAAAAGCAGUAUGGCAAAGAUGUAUCAUAAACGCAGAAACAAUCCAAAAGGUUUAAACAAGAAUAUAAAAAGUAGAUAUCCAUUUUAUGAUAAUGACUUCUUAAAUGCGAUAUACAAAGCAAAAACGUUUAAAAGGACAAGCAAAGUAAAUUUUAAAGCCAAAAAAGUUUACAUGAAUACAACCACAGCGAGAAAUGUAAGCGUUCCUUCCAGCAAUUGUCAUGAAUUAGCAACAGAGUCACGGUACAAGUCGGUGUGGAUGGGAGCAAGUGUUGACUGGUCUGUACUACAGUUAUAUUUAGGAGCCAAACCAGAUUUCGCACUCUCUCAAGCGAAAAAAUCACUCGAACAUUACCGCAGCGGGCUUAACGAGCUAUGGAACAUUCACGGCCUUACAUCGGGGACUGGGUACGGAUUAGAUGGCCAGCCGUGGUGUACCUCUCAUUAUACGUUUCACAUGGUUCUGUGGCACAUUCCGAUUGCACUCUCGGGUCAGCAGUAUUCCGCUGUAGAUAAGAAACUUGUUUUCGCGCCAAAAGUAACAUUGCCUUACUCAUUGCCUUUUUUCACUCCGGGUGCUAGCGGUACUAUCGAGGCCAAGAUGAUAGCACGCAAAGUCGUCUGUAAACUGUCGGUUAGCCACGGGACCUUAGAUCUCAAUAUGCUAAGCGUGUCAGGCAGGCGUUAUCCUAGUGUAGUUAAUCUGGUAGAAGCGGAAUUUGUGGCAUGGUAAGAAAUUUUUUAUACUUCAUGGAAUUGUUAAUGUCUGAAUAAUAAAAAUAUAUCUAUUUUUUUAA